AGCUAACUGAUGAGUGAACAAAUUUUGCAUUCCUUUAUGCUUUGCAGUUUUGCAUUCAUUAGUUAUUUUGGGUGACAUGUUGUCAGAUCAAUAAGUGCUAAAUAUACUAAAACUAUGCUGAGUCAUCAGUACAAGAACAAUAGUUUAGGAAGUUCUCACUGAUGGAAAAGCUGGGCUGUGAAGUAGGUGAUGUUUGCUGAUGCACACGGGGAUUAAAAUGUGUACAGAAACGUCAAAGUUCAUUUAAAAAGCAAGCGAGAGGAAUUUAAACUUUUUUGGAUGUUGUGCACUACAAUAUGUGUACAUUUGUUUCCAACACUGUUCUUUGAUUUAAUUAUUAUUGCUGGUUUUGAAAGGCAGCUUAGUAUUUUUUUUUUAAAUGCCAACUGUUAUCUGGAGCAGCCUUAAAGAUAGCAGCAACUUAAACCUUGCAUUGUUUCUACAGUAGAGGAAGUGGAUCACAUUUCUUUUUUUUUUUUUUCCUUUUGUUUUGUUCUAAAACUUCAGCUGUCGUGACAAUUUCCACCCCCUCACCAAACGUCCAAGUUGGAAAUCUGCCUACUCUUCUGAGAUCAGACGGACAUGAAUCCGAGGCUGCAUUGAAAAGCAAACAAAGCCACGGUUAGACCAUGCAGCAUUUCUGGAACCAAGAUCUGAAAUUUCGUUUUGUUUUUUCACUUCAUUUGUUUUUUUUCUCUCAUUUGUUCACUUCCACGAAAUGUACUAAAGUUAGUGUUUAACUGCCAAUAGAUAUGCAUGAUUGAACCCCAGAAGGAGAGCGAAGUGUUGUUUGCAGGAUGAUAAGAAAUAAGUCCAAACUGUUUCCUGCUUUCACACAUCGGCACCCACAUAACUCACAAUUGGUCUGAAAUAAAACACUGGGCAAAGUUACAGAGAAGAAUUUUUCUUUUCUUUUUUUUUUUUUUUUAACCAUUAAAACGCGUUUAUAAAUUUAAUAAAUGAUAUAUGGAUAUUUCAAAGAUGUUCUGAAUGUUUGAUUGCCGAAAUGCUUGGAUCGAUGAUCAUUUGUAGUUCGGAUAAGUGGCUCGUGCCCUGCUUGGCUUUAAAUGUCUGACAUAACACUGCAAUGUUGCUGACAUUGAUCAGCAGCGAGAGCGGCCGCUUCUCAUUGGACCUGUUGGUUGUCGCUCAGCCAUUGAGGCUGAGACAAAGUGACAAUGCUGUGAAAACUGAGCGUCGCAUUGUGCAGUGUGUAGGGGUGACCCAUUGACUGGUCCAUACGCGAUACUAUGGGGUGGCUUUGGAUCGCUGUGGCAACGUGUGUGCUCGCGUCCUGCUCUGUCAAAGGAAAUGACUGGUGGUUGGAGUAUGAAGAGGGGAUUCGGCACUACAGCAAGGAGGCCCUCAAUAAGGAGUUUCCAGAGAAAACCCGGCCAGUGAGCUUCAAGCAUCCUGUGUUCCAGUGCUCAGACAUGAGUCCUUCUCCCUCUGUCCCCUCCUCAGUUGAAUUUGUGAAGGCCGCAGAUAUCAAAGUCAUCGCCGCCUUGGGGGAUUCUCUGACAACGGCUAUCGGUGCCAACGCCACUACUGUCCUCGGCAUUCCCAUUGAGUUUCGUCACGUGUCAUGGAGCAUUGGAGGCUAUGGGACAUAUCAAGAUGUCAUUACUUUGGCAAAUAUCAUCAAGCUGUUUAACCCCAAUCUGCUUGGAGCUUCUCCUGGAAAGACAGUUCAUGGGAUGGAGGCUCAUAUCAGUGAAACGGGCUUCAACUUGGCCGUAACUGGACACAACACCUUCAAUCUCCCCGGUCAGACGAGACAUUUGAUAGACACACUGAGAGGUUACGAGGAUCUUGACUUUGAAGAGGACUGGAAGCUUUUGACUAUUCUCAUGGGCAUGAAUGACAUCUGUGAUUACUGCAAAGAUAAAGCUCUUUUUUCAGUAGAUAACUUCAUCCACUAUAUGACCGUCUCGUUGGAAAUGCUUAUGAAUGAGGUUCCCCGUAUGAUUGUGAACGUGGUUCAGAUCCUCCCCAUGCAGACUUUGAGGGAGGUGCAGAAGCCCACCCCAGGGUGUUUGCUCCAGCGGUCUUUCUGCUCGUGCCUGAUAGAGCCAGUAGCCAGAUCUCCUGAACUCCGGGAGCUGGUGGAGGUCAAUCUGGAAUUCCAGGUGCACUUUACUUCUUUCAUGUUAUAAGAUUAUGUAUUAUGUAAGGAAAGAUGGUACAGGAGAUAAAUUCUUCUUUCAUUUGGUUGCCACGUUAGAAGGAAUAUUGACUCUUUUUU